AUGCGCUUCUUCAUUGUGGAUGGUAUAGGUAGAAAUUGGCCGUGGGCCUCUGGUGGGAGCAGCAUCCUGGCAGAGUACGGCACCCUUCACCUGGAGUUCAUGCACCUCAGCAAACUCUCUGGAAAUCCUGAGUUUGCUCAGAAGGUAAUGAACAUCCGGAAAGUCCUCAACCGCCUGGACAAACCUCAGGGCCUGUACCCCAACUACCUGAACCCCAACAGCGGCCAGUGGGGCCAACAUCACGUGUCCGUCGGGGGCCUGGGUGACAGUUUCUAUGAGUAUCUGCUCAAGGCCUGGCUCAUGUCUGACAAGACGGACGAGGAAGGAAAGAAGAUGUACUAUGACGCUCUGCAGGCCAUAGAAACCAACCUGAUGAGGAAGUCGAGCGGCGGCCUGACCUACAUCGCCGAGUGGAAGGGCGGUCUGCUGGAGCACAAGAUGGGUCACCUGACCUGCUUCGCCGGCGGCAUGAUCGCUCUGGGCGCCGACGGAGCGCCCAACGACAAGACGGGCCACCAGAUGGAGCAGGCGGCCGAGAUCGCGCGCACCUGUCACGAGUCUUACGUCAGGACUGCUCUGAAACUGGGUCCAGAGGCGUUCCGCUUCGACGGUGGGGUCGAGGCCAUCGCCACUCGCCAGAACGAGAAGUACUUCAUCCUGCGUCCCGAGGUCAUCGAGACGUACAUGUACAUGUGGAGAUUCACCCAUGACCCCAAGUACAGGGAGUGGGGCUGGGAGGCUGUGCAGGCCCUGGAGCAGCACUGCAGAGUGGGAGGCGGCUACAGCGGCGUGCGGGACGUUUACGCCUCGACCCCCAACCACGACGACGUGCAGCAGAGCUUCUACUUGGCCGAGACGCUCAAGUAUCUGUACCUGCUCUUCUCCGACGACGACCACCUACCGUUCGACCACUGGGUCUUCAACACCGAGGCUCACCCUCUGCCCGUCAUCAGGAGAGAGAAAACAGACCGACCCAACGAGGUGGAGUAGAGGACUAAUCCUGUGCUGACGUCCAAAAAACGAGAAAAAAACGAAACAAAACAAACAAAGUGCGAGAACCUCUGACCCUGUGAACCUGAGCCUCCAGUCCUGUCCAGUCCAGUCCAGUCUGUCUGAAGAAGGUUUCCAAGCCUUUUCAAGUCCCUGACGGCGACACGGGGGAUUUAAUUUUUUUAAAACGGGAUCAAGACUGAAUUUCAAGCCUUGCUGGAGCUGAAUUCUCGCUGUGGAGUUUUGUUGUUGUUGUUGUUGUUUUUCAUUUUUUCGGGGGUUUUGUUGUUGUUGUUGUUUUUUAAACGUUCAGCUCUAGUUGAGUCCAGAUGCUGAUGAUGAUGGUGUGGACCAACGGUUUUUUUUUUACUGCCAGGUCAUGUGAUAAGUGGUCAACAGGAGAAGAAGAAAGUGAAAAUGAGUUUAAAGUGAUUCUUCACAAGUUCCUGCUGGGAUUUAUCGCGUUUCCUGCUCCGUCACGGGGACAUAAUCUGACCAGUUAUUGAUUGGUUAUCGUGUUUGUUUGUCUUUUAGUAGCUGCAGCUCUGUUUGGGAGAAAGACCUGAACCAGACAUCUGCCUAAUGUGGAUUCUGUGGACCUCGAAACCCUGAAAGAUUCCGUUUCUCCUCUGUGGGAUCACAAGGUCGACUUGGAGAGUUCGAGGUUGUUUCCAAUCGCUUUUUCGUGCAUCGUCUUUUUCGGUCUGGCUGCUGCUGCUGCUGCUGCUGCUGCU